AGGCCCCGCAGUUAAGGGCGGCUCCGGAACCGCCUCCCUCUUUUCGGCCCGGGCCGCCAUUUUGUAGACACGCGGGGGAGCCGCGCCGAGCCGCGCUCGCCGCCCUCAGAAUAAUCAGCCAAAAUGACGAACACAAAGGGGAAGAGGAGGGGAACACGUUACAUGUUUUCAAGGCCAUUUCGCAAGCAUGGCGUCGUCCCUCUAGCCACCUACAUGCGCAUCUACAAGAAGGGCGAUAUUGUCGAUAUCAAGGGUAUGGGUACUGUUCAACAAGGUAUGCCUCACAAAUGUUACCAUGGCAAGACUGGAAGGGUAUAUAAUGUUACUCAGCAUGCUGUGGGCAUUAUCGUAAACAAGAAGGUUAAGGGCAAGAUUCUUGCCAAGAGAAUUAAUGUGCGUAUUGAGCAUAUUAAACAUUCAAAGAGCAGAGAUAGCUUCCUGCAGCGUGUGAAGGAGAAUGAAAGGAAGAAAAAGGAAGCAAAAGAAAAAGGCAUUUGGGUUCAGCUGAAACGUCAGCCUGCUCCACCAAGGGAAGCACAUUUUGUGAGAACCAAUGGCAAGGAGCCAGAGCUGCUGGAGCCAAUUCCCUAUGAGUUCAUGGCAUAAUGUAUGUUUAAAGAAAUAAAUUAAAAGUUUUUGGACGAGUGUA